AUGGCGAUUAACAAGCAAAUUGAUGAAGAUUCUAUUUCGAUUUAUAGCGACGCACUUGAAGGGCCGCCAGAUUUAAUUACAAUAAUUUCAGUUAAAAAUGAAGAGAAAAAAGAAAUUAUUGAAAUUAAUUCGAUAUUAGAGGAUAAUAAAAGAGAUUAUUCCUCUCCUUUGCCGAUAUUGAGGAGGGAAAUUAAAAUGCCGGUUGAAAGAUCUUUAGAGGUAAAAUUGAGAAGUGGAAGUGUAAAGGAAGAGAAGAAUGGGGAAGAAAUAAAAGAAGAGGUUGAUGAAGAAGAAGAGAUGAUGGAAGAGAAAGAGGAAGAGUGGAAAAAAGAGGAGAGUUGUGAUUAUUUGAAGAAUAUUGAAGAAGAGGAGAAGAGGAAGAAUUUGGAAGAGAACGCAGGAAGGAAAUUGGAGGAUGAAGAAGAGGAAGAAAAAAUAAAAUUGGAAGAUAAAGAAAAGAUAGAAAAUGGGUGGAUUGAAGGAAGAAAGGAAAAAGAAUUUAAAAAUGAGGAAGAUGAAGAAGAAGAAGAAACAAUUAUUGUUGAAUGUACUGAGAAGGAAGAUAAAAUAACAAGUUCGGGUGGGGAAAUAUGCAGCAUGGCGAAUAGUGAGACAACAGAUGAUGAAGAAUUUGAAUAUGAAUAUAUUACAGAUGAGGAAGGGGAAAUAAUACAAGUUGAGGAAGGGAGUUUAAAAGGAGAAAGGUUGGAAGAAAAGGAAGAAUUGGUAGGAGAAGAAUUUGAAGAAGAAGAAUAUGAGGAGGAGGAAGAGGAAGAAGAAGAUUGGGAUACUAGAUCGGAAAUCUCUCAAGUAGAAAAAGAGAUUGAGAGAAUGAGAAGAGUUAGUGUAGCCUCUUCAAUUUCGAGAACCCCUGGCUACAGUAAUUCUGAGAUUGGAGUUUUACUAAAUUCUUCACAAAAGCAAUGUGAAGUAACCGAAAAUGAUGAUAAUUCACGUGAGAAAACACCAAUAGCUUUGGGACAGGAAAGGCAAUCUGAAUAUAAUAUUGUGGCACACGAACUUGUAAAAAAUGUUCAGUGGCCGUCAGUUCAGCGACGUACUGCUUUAGAUGAAUCUCGAGCUUCAUCAUCUUCCCUUCUUCAUAAUUCAUUCCAGCCAUUAAAAGAUCAAGAAGAAACUACCGAAUCCUCACAAUUAAAUUCAAAAACUAAUCAAAAUACCCCUAAACUAUCAACAACAACCAAAAUAUUAUUACCCCCAUUACAUCCUUCUACUUCCAAAAAUUCUUCACCUUCUUUUACUUUCGAUUCCCCCUUAAAUAAAGAGGAUUGUCAAAAUAAUAUAUCAAAAAAAGAAAUAAAAGAAGACUCGGUAAUAAAAUCACCAAUGAUGGAUGAAGCUGCUUUUACGCGUUUAACUUCGCCUUUGAGCAAAGAGAUAAAUUUGGAUGUAAAUAAACUAUCAAGAUCAAAAAUUGAAGUAUUCGAAAAUAGCAAUAAUAAUUCAUCUUCCACAUAUAAUAAACAAAAACAGCAACAAUUGCCAUUUACAAAUAAAAGAUUCCCUCCCUUACCAAGACAUCCAUUAAUUGCCAAAUAUUGCCCCGAAUUGACAACAAAAAAUGAAAAUAAAAAAACAAAUAAAAUUGAAAUAUUGGAAGAAGAAGCAACAAAAAAACAAAAGAAAAAAAUUGAAGAAGAAAAUAAACAAAAACUUUUAUUGCCCCAACAACCAAAGAAUUUUUUAAAAAUGGAGACAAGUAUUGCAAGUGGUGGGGCUAAUUAUUUACGUGAUCCCUGCUCUCAUAUGGUCCUCACAGAUGUUAAUGGUGACCAUGAAGAUCCUCGUGAUUAUAGAAGAGGAGGUUAUCACCCUGUCCGUUUAGGAGAAUUAUUUAAUCGCCGUUAUUUGGUACUAAGAAAACUUGGGUGGGGACAGUUUUCGACUGUUUGGAUGUGUUCAGAUGCUGGAACUACAAUCGAAACAGAACGUUAUGUAGCUCUAAAAAUUGUUAAAUCACAUAGAGAUUUUACUGAAGCAGCAAUGGAUGAAAUAAAAUUACUUAAAGCUGUUCGAGAAACUGAUCCAAGUGACGAAGGAAGGCAAAGAGUUAUUCAAUUAUUGGAUACUUUUAAAAUUAUUGGGGUUAAUGGAACUCAUAUUUGUAUGAUUUUUGAGGUAUCAGGUUGCAAUUUACUCAAAUUAAUAAUUGACAGCAACUAUCAAGGACUUCCCUUACGUCAAGUAAAAAGAAUUACCAGACAGAUAUUGCAAGGAAUGGCAUAUUUACAUGAUCGUUGUAAAAUUAUCCAUACAGAUAUAAAACCAGAGAAUGUAUUAGUAGCAUUAAAUUCCCGAGAUGUUGCUAAAAUGGUUAAUAGAAUAAAAAAUAAUGAAAGAAAUAAUUAUGACGAAAAUUUGGAAUUAAAUGAAUUAAAUGUGAAAAUUGCUGAUUUGGGAAAUGCUUGCUGGACUUUCCAUCACUAUACAGAGAAUAUCCAAACUAGACAAUAUCGAGCGCCAGAGGUUUUGCUCGGAACUGGCUUUGAUACUCCUGCUGAUAUUUGGAGUGUGGCUUGUAUGACAUUCGAAUUAGCAACAGGAGAUUAUCUAUUCGAACCACACAGCCACCCCUUAUGGAGUAGAGAUGAAGACCAUUUAGCCCAUAUUAUUGAGCUCCUCGGGCCUUUGCCUACAGAAGUGUUUAAACGUGGAAGAUUUUGGAAAGAUUUUUUUCAUAGAUCUGGUCGCCUCUUACGUAUCCCAACUUUAAGACCUUGGCCAUUAAUUGAAGUACUUGCAGAUAAAUAUUCUUUUAAACCAAAAGAAGCUUUUUCAUUUUGUAACUUUUUAUUGCCUUUGCUGGAAUUGGAACCUGAAAGAAGGGCAAAAGCCGCAAUUGCUCAAAAUAAUGAAUGGCUUUUAUCAUAA